UGCAACCAUGGAGACCUCCAAGAAUAAGCACCAGCUCUGCGACAUGCACCGCACCCGCCGCCGCCUCCGCAUCCUCGCCACCGUCCUCCUCGCCGCCCUCCUCGCCGGCGUCGUCGCGCUCACCGUGUACUUCACCUACCGCCCGGUGAAGCCGCAAGCCUCCGUGGCGCGCGCCGCCGUGUACCAGCUGGAGAGUGCCGGCAACUCCUCCUCGGCGGCGGCGGCGCCAUACGCGAUCGCGGCGCGCGCGCAGUUCACGCUGCUGCUGCACAACCCGAGCGACCGCGUCUCGGUGCGCUACGGCGACCUCAUCGCCUACGUGACGUACCGCGGGGAGCCGGUGGCGGCGCCGGUGGAGCUCCCCGCGGUCGUCCAGGAGCGCGGCGCGGACGUGUCGCUGUCGCUGCUGUUCGGCGGCCUCGGCGGCGGCGCGGAGCCCGUGCCGGUGUCGGAGGGCACGGUGCGCGCGCUGGCGGGAGACUGCGCGGCGCGCCAGGUGCUGCUCCGGCUCGUCAUCUUGGGCCAGGUCAGGUACAGGAGCGGGCUGUUCAGGACCGCGUGGCGCGACCUGUUCAUGCGCUGCGACGUCACCACCGGGCUCGGGAUGGACGCCGCGGCGGGCGGCGGCGCCGGGGGCGUGCCGCUGAUCGAGUACCCCCAGUGUUUCGUGGACGCUUGA